AUGGAGCCCGAUCCUCUUUUGGACAAUAGAUUUGAAAGAUUAAGGGUAAAAGACGAGGUCUAUGGAGGCCCCAAGCUUUCUACAAACCAGGGCAUGUGCAAGCUUUAUCAACAUACACUGGGCUGGAAACACAAUACCAAAAGCCUAGGCCCUGCGAAAAUCUCGGAGGUUAAAUGCGUGGCCUCAUACAACUGGGUACGCAAGAAUAGGGUGACCAUGCUAAUUCCAGGAGCUCCCCCUGUCUGGCACCCAUCACACAGUAUAUGCGAUAAUGCUGAAACUGAAGGAAUAUCCCAGAAUGAUGUUGGAACCACCUACAAAUGGCUGCCAGGCAAAAGUCCCGAAGAUGUCUACAGGGUAGUGUAUCAAAAUGACGGCAAGGAUGGAUGGCAUGGACACCCGCUGGAACCUAUGGUUUAUGCCGCUAAGCUUAUGGAUCCGGCCUUCGAACUGAGCAAGUUUGACUUUGUGAUUGACGCUGCUGCCAUAGAAUCCAUGCUCGCCUUCAUACAAUUUGAGUCCAACUACCAUAACUUGAAAGUUGAACUAGUCAACCGGACCGUGUUUAUUGCCAGCGAGGAAUCAGAACGCUACCCAUGCAGCUAUCAGCCUCUGGUAGAUGACGCUCUCACGUGGGAAGACUGCGUCAAAGACUCAAUAUCCCAUCAGAGAGUGCUCUCGUACGUCUUCGGGGGGCACCGUAUUCUUAUCAGGUGCUCCACCCAUGGCUACCUUCCAGGGUCAACUGGAGAGGCAGCGGAGAGUAGAGAAGGUGAAGAACCGAUCGUGGGGAAAGACAACGACUCAGACGCCCCUAGAUUUGGUGCUUCAGCCAAAGGGUUCCCGGUAGCUUAUCGCUGUGGGAAGAUCAUACCGCAGGAAGCAAUCUUCGACUUUAAGGGCAAUGAAAAAGGCGCCCCCCGCGAUUCACCUUCGGAGGGAGAUAUCGGUUGGAUGUGGAUUCGGCAAGUCUCGAAGAUCAUGACUGUAGAGACAUGUGGAGCGUACAAUAAUGCUAAGGUCCAGGAUACGACCUCGCUUUUGCAUCAGUGGGAAGAUAAAAACCGGCGUGAUCUCGUGCAGCUUGCAGAUUUGUUGUCAAAAAUGCGUCACUACGCCAAUGAAUCCCGCUCUAAGGGGCUCUUGAUCAGCCGCGUGAUAAAUCCCAAGCCUGAAUUCAUGUCGGUCAUCGAAUCAAAAACUCCUCGAACUAUAUCCCUUGCCGUACUCAACUACAACCCGACCUCGAGUGAGGAACCAUCUAGUGCUAACAAGGAGAGAAAAGAGUGCAACACUGGUAUAGGCAGCCUCCCAAAGUGCGCCACAAAGAAAGGGAAAGCGGAGCCGGAGUUCUAUACAGCGGCGGGCAUAUCAAAGAGCAGCUCCUUGGAAUCCAUUGCCUUGACCGAUUGGGAGUUUUUGGACGAAGCGGAGUGCGACACAGAGUGGGUUGAGGUCGAGAGUAGAAGAUCAAAGCCUAAGAAGCUACCAAACUAA